UUUAUAAUGAACUUCAGGCUGCACUGAUUUAAGACACAGGACGACACUGAUAAAGUUUCAUUUCACUUGUGACAGAUUCAAACUCCAGACGACGUUUGUCCUUGAGGGGGCGCUGUAAACAACACACAUGUCUGCAUCCCUGAGCAAACCCAGUCCAGAUGAGACCAGCAAAAGGAGAUGGAGCAAAGACUUUCCUCCUGUUUCUGCACUGAAACAGUCCAAUGAUUAUGAACUUUAUCAGUCAAUCAUUGAUUUCCUAAGACUCUAUGAAGAUAAAAAAGACCUGCGUCGUUUUAUCAAGGAGCUACAGGAAAUACCACAACAAAGAGAAAAACUUGAGACGAAGAAAAGAACAGGGCUGAUUGUGUCAACAGCUACUUUAGCUGCUGGAGCAGGUUUAGCUUUAGCCUCUUCCCGGCUCACAGAAGAACUGAGUUUAGCUGCAAUGGCAGUAGGAGCAGCCGCUGGUGUCAGUGGAGUUGCUGCUGGUAUUGGAGUAAAUUCAAACUUCAAAAGAAAAAUUGAAAAUGAACAAAAGAAAAAGCAGGAGGCAGAAGCAGAGUUGAUAAACACACUGAAGGAACUGGAGACACGACUGAACAAUGUGCAGACCGUCUGUAAAGAGCUGAGAGAGAGCGAGAGAGAUGUAAACGAGAGAGAACAACUGCACAAACUGGAGAAGAAAAUCCAAAAGUUCAAAGAUCACACUGUCUCCCUCCAACGAAUGUGUGCCAAACAGGAGGAGUCAGUGUCACAGAUUAUAGACGAGAUCGAGACAAUUGAGAGAGAACUUAACGAUGUCACAAUUGCAUUUAAAUUUACUCUGAAAAGACUAAAUGAUAAAUAUGCUGAUCAUUAAAGACACUUUAAACAGAGUUCUAGGUUUGGUCUAGUCCUGGUUUAGUCCUGGUUUAGACCUGGUUUAGUCCUGGUUUAGUCCUGGUUUAGUCCUGGUUUAGUCCUGGUUUAGUCCUGGUUUAAGUCCACCUGUAGUUUUAUUUGUAAAGAUGUUUCUUGUGUCAUUUGUGAUUCUCAUUAGAUUAUUAUUAUAUAUACCACGAAUAAAGUCUCAUGUUUUUGUUUGAAGAUUCAACAGUUUAACAUUGAAAUCAUCACUAAUAUUGUUAUAUUUUCUGUAUAAUCUUCUAUUAUUAAAGUGUAUGACUAAAGGCACAUUGUAUUUGAACAUGUUACAUCACAAGUAUAAUUUAUAUUUGUGACUAGAGCCAUAAA